CCUGAUUAGGCCUUCCCCCUCUAGGACGCCGGCCUUCUCGGCCUUCUCGGGUCUUCUCCGCGGGAAAUCCGCCGUCAGUUUAUUUCAAAAAGCCAAAUUUGGCCUAUCACGCGGGUCUGAACUCUUGAACCAGACAACCCGUUAGGGUUGUGAAAUCACGUACUGGGUCAUGUCCGACUUUCUGUUUUGCUUUGUUUUUCAGUUUUAAAUGUUGUCUCUUAACGGAGAUUUUUGGCUAAAAAUUUGAAAAGCCCUUAAAUGACUCCUCUGCCCCUUUACCAACCUCUGAAAACUCUUGAUGCUCCCUCGAAGCUGAAGCUCCAGACAGUUCUCGCUCAGAAAUACGUGCCCAGGGCUGCCCUGGUGGACUUGGAGCCAGGCACCAUGGACAGUGUGCGGUCCGGGCCUUUUGGCCAGCUCUUCCGGCCUGACAACUUCAUCUUCGGACAAACGGGCGCAGGCAACAACUGGGCGAAGGGGCACUACACGGAAGGGGCUGAGCUGGUGGACUCGGUGCUCGACGUGGUGAGGAAGGAGUGCGAGCACUGCGACUGCCUGCAGGGCUUCCAGCUCACGCACUCGCUGGGUGGCGGCACGGGCUCCGGCAUGGGCACGCUGCUCAUCAGCAAGAUCCGCGAGGAGUACCCCGACAGGAUCAUGAACACCUUCAGCGUCAUGCCCUCGCCCAAGGUGUCGGACACGGUGGUGGAACCCUACAACGCCACCCUGUCGGUGCACCAGCUGGUGGAGAACACGGAUGAGACGUACUGCAUCGACAACGAGGCGCUGUACGACAUCUGUUUCCGCACGCUCAAGCUGACCACGCCCACCUACGGCGACCUCAACCACCUGGUGUCGGCCACCAUGAGCGGCGUCACCACGUCCCUGCGCUUCCCGGGCCAGCUCAACGCCGACCUGCGCAAGCUGGCGGUGAACAUGGUGCCCUUCCCACGCCUGCACUUCUUCAUGCCCGGCUUCGCGCCACUCACGGCCCGCGGCAGCCAGCAGUACCGCGCGCUCACCGUGCCAGAACUGACGCAGCAGAUGUUCGACGCCAAGAACAUGAUGGCGGCGUGCGACCCGCGCCACGGCCGCUACCUGACCGUGGCCACCGUAUUCCGGGGCCCCAUGUCCAUGAAGGAGGUGGACGAGCAGAUGCUGGCCAUCCAGAACAAGAACAGCAGCUACUUCGUCGAGUGGAUCCCCAACAACGUCAAGGUGGCCGUGUGCGACAUCCCGCCGCGCGGCCUCAAGAUGGCCUCCACCUUCAUCGGCAACAGCACGGCCAUCCAGGAGCUGUUCAAGCGCAUCUCCGAGCAGUUUUCUGCCAUGUUCCGGCGCAAGGCCUUCCUGCACUGGUUCACGGGGGAGGGCAUGGAUGAGAUGGAGUUCACAGAAGCAGAGAGCAACAUGAACGACCUGGUGUCAGAAUACCAGCAGUAUCAAGAAGCCACGGCCAAUGAUGGCGAAGAAGCUUUUGAAGACGAUGAAGAGGAGAUCAAUGAAUAGAGGCGCAUCCCUGUCUCAGAUACAAUUCAGAUGUUCUUCCUUAAACUCCAGAGCAUCGUGACCCUAAUGGCCACCACAUGGUGCUCUAUGUGGGCGUAGGCCCCUCACCAAUGCUACAGAAUUGCACUAUCAGUCAUCUGGAAUGAAGAAAGCACAGCAGAAUAGCAGAGAAUUGGCAGUCCUACCCAAUCAAAAGAUCAGACGAUCUUUUCUACUGCAAGACUUGAAACAACGAACGGGCCAUCGAUGAAGGGCUAAACGAAUUGAUCUCACCCUCUGUUUAGUGUUCGACCAUGCUGAAAAUUAGCAAGGAAGUUAGUGUUUUUCAUCCUUUGUGAUGAAACCUAAAGCUGUGCAGUGUUGCCUUAUAUUGAAAAUGCCAUAUGGAACUUUAAAACAACCUAUUCAUAAUAAAACACUAAAAACUGUC